UGUCAUCUUUUUCCAUCUCAGCCUAUCUCGUGCAUUUUCCUCUCUAACACCCAUCAACCUUUUCUUUGGUCUUCCUCUCGCUCUUUUGCCAGGCAGCUCCAUCCUCAGCACCCUUCUACCAAUAUAUUUCGUUCUCUCGCCGCUGGACAUGUCCAAACCAUCGAAAUCUGGUCUCUCGAACCUUGUCUUGGACUUUGGCUCUCCCUCUAACGAGCUCAUUUCCAAUCCUAUCCGACCUGCUCACUCCGAGCGAGAACCUCAACAUCUUCAUUUCUGCCACCUGAAGUUCUGCUUCCUGUUGUUUCUUCAGUGCCGCCGUCUCUAAUUCGUACAUCAUGGCCAUCAGUCCGAGCGAGAACCUCAAGAUCUUAAUACCGUAGAAUUAGGCACAGAAACGCUAGUAUGUACAAUAAUAGAACUAAACAAAAACAAACACUUAAGUGUUAUUUCAAUAACGACGUCAAGCUGUUCUGUAAAUUGUGGCCUCCUGGGAAGAUGCAUUUUUUUGAGGGUGGAGGAAUUGCUAGCUAGCUAGCUAAAAACAAACAAACAACUGAACUGGUGGUGAAGCCAGUUUAAACCAACUGUAUAUCUUCACUUCAGUACUGUUGCAUAGUACAGUUUUUGCACAUGGUUUUGGCUAAUUUCUCUUCAAAUGAUAAUAAUAUGAUAAUUCAUUCAACCACAACAACAACAAAAAAGUCUCUGAAUUCACAUUACAAGGUCAUACAGCAAGCAUAAAAAUAAGCAUUACCAUCAGGGGUGAAAGGAGUGUUAAUUAGUGAUGCUUCCCAUAACCGUUGAAUCCCCGAAUGUAUUGUGCAACCAUGGUUAUAUAAGUUGUUUUUCACUCACUUGUUUUUCACUUUCGUAUCACUCACUUGUUUUUCGCAUCACUUGUUUUUCUGCUCAAGACGUCUGGACCGUUUUCACUAUCUUGUUCACAUGCAUACCAAAGACGAACAUUGUUGUGGGAUGUCUCGACACUUAUGGCUGCGUAAGAUGUUUCUCAGGGCCUGAAGGACACACUUAGGUGUCACUAGUAAAUCAGGGUUAGAAACAAUUGUUGCGGCGCCAGGUGGGACACGGGUAGGCCGCCCGUCCUUUCCCUCGCACGCAACUGAAAAGUAUAAUAGAGAGAUGCAGAGUACAAACAGGUAGAGUCUGCUGCGGGUUUCGUACGGACGCCCAGCUGGUUGACAAGCGGACCUCUACCUGGGUGAACGGCUCUCCGCCUUCUCGGCAUAGGAUUGCUUCAGGACGUAAGUGGCUCGACGCACAGCUGACAACUUCCAGUCUGGGUUGUUCGGCGAAUCAAUAUCCCGGCGGGAGAUCAAUCCUCCUCGUUGUUCAUCUUCCGGAUGAUCAUGCGACUUCCCGAUGACGGCGAGGUGCACCGCCUGGAGGUUGCCGGGCCGCGAGGAGGGUGUGUUUGUGUUUGUGUUUGUGUUUGUGUGCAUGUGUGCGCGAUACUCGGCGCCGGGAGACGACAGGGCGUGUCGGGAGGAUCAUCUCGCCCCAGAAUCCCCGAGCAAGAAAUAAGUUCAGGGUGUGCCCCGCCUCCCGCCCUUUGACAGCAGCUGGGAUAGGCUCCAGCACUCCCUGGGACCCUUGUGAGGAUAAGCGGCUAAGAAGAUGGCUAGAUGGCAGAAGUUUGUCUCGAUGUGGCCUGCGAUUGGCUGGCAACCAGUUCAGAGUGUACCCCGCCUCCUGCCCGUUGACAGCUGGGAUAGGCUCCGUCCGGCACUCCCUGUGACCCUCGUGAGGAUAAGCGGAGGAGGAAAAAAGUGAAAGGGGAGGAGGAGGAAAGCUCGCGCAGAGGGAAGCCGAGCGAAGAUUGUGCACCUUUUGAGUCCGCGAAGAAGCGUGGAAAAAAAGCAAGCAGUUAACUCGUUCGAGGGGCGGUGGGUGGGACGGGCUCGUGCGCGGGACCGCAAUUGUGGAUGCGCGAGCAAGUGAAAGUGUGACCGCGAUCGCUGACAGACUGACUUUCUCCUCCGCCCUGCGAUCCGCCGAGUGCGUUCGAAGUGUUUUCAUGCUCCUGCUCGCCCGUGGAGGAGAACAAGGACAGAAGAGUGGGGAAAGAAGAACAAGUAGUAGUUCUCCCGAGGCCUGGCCGGCACUCCUCGUCGCCUUUUGGAGCUCCGUCCUCUCCCCCUUCCUGGCCCUGCAUGGACGGGGAUGGGGAGAGCCGGAUGCUGUUGCAGCGGGGCUGAGCGCCUGGCCUCCCCGUCUGCGGUGCGCCGUUUCCGGCCACUGCUGCUGCUGAUCGUCGCUCUGACCUCCGCCGCCCGCCUCGGUCAGUCUCAGGUGAUCACCCCUCAGUGUCGCAUCCAGAAGUGCACCACCGACUUCGUCUCGCUGACCUCUCACCUCACGCCGGCCGUGGAUGACUUCCACGUAGAAUUCUGCAAAGCUUUGCGGGCUUACUCGGCCUGCACGCAGAGGACGGCCAAGUCCUGCAGGGGCAACCUGGUCUUCCACUCGGCCGUGCUGGGCGUCUCGGACCUCAUGAGCCAGAGGAACUGCUCCCGAGACGGCCCGACGUCGUCCACGUACCCUGAGGUCCACCACGAGCCGUGCAAUUACUACAGUCGCACUCAGCACGCCCACCCCCACGCCCACCCGCACGCUCACAACCGCAGUCACACCAGGCCCGGAUUCCUUUUCUGCGGGCUCUUCGGGGACCCCCACUUGAGGACAUUCAAGGACAACUUCCAGACUUGCAAGGUGGAGGGGGCGUGGCCUCUCAUCGAUAACGACUACCUGUCGGUUCAGGUCACCAAUGUUCCGGUGGUCACGGGCUCCUCUGCCACGGCUACCAAUAAGGUCACCGUUAUCUUCAAGCCCUACGAGGGUUGCACAGACCAAAGGGUCUACCAGGCCGUGACAGACAACCUACCCGCCGCCUUCGACGACGGCACCGUGAGCAGCGGGGACCCCAUCCACAUCUCCACGGGGAGCGACGGCGCCGGCGGGAAAGUCAGGGCCCUUUGGAUCUCGGAGCGCAGCCCGGGCCACCACGUCGAGCUGCACGCGGGCUACAUCGGCGUCACGGUGAUCGUCCGGCAGCUCGGUCGCUACCUGACCCUGGCGGUGCGGAUCCCCGAGGAGCUGGCCCAGGCCUACGACGCCACCCAGGACCUGCAGCUGUGUCUGAACGGCUGCCCAAGAGUGGAGCGCAUCGACCAGGGCGGCCACCUGCCCCUCUCCCCGCCUUCGGUCGGCUUCCGGUUCCAGCAUCUGCACGGGCCCAGAUACUCUUCCCAGACGCAGGUAUUCCCCCACGGAGACAGGCAGGUCUUCACCGCGGAGGCGGCAAAGGAACGCUGCCGGGAGCAGGUGGAGGUGCAGGACAUUUACUUCCACUCCUGCGUCUUUGACCUCCUCACCACUGGCGACGCCAACUUCACCGUGGCGGCGUACAGCGCCCAGAAGGACAUGGAGAGUCUUCACCCGCACAGAGACAAAUGGAGGAUCUACCCUCGAGGUUCGGCCACCUCCGCUUGGAUCUCCCGACCUUUGCGGCUCGUCCAUCUGCUGCUGCUUUGUACUCUCACCUUGGCGUAAGAGCGCUUGUCCUGCAUGUCCGUGAACAGCUUUUGGCACAGCACCGGUACCGACUACUAGUUCCUCUCUUUAAACGGGAAUCUUUCAAGCUUUCGUCAUUUUUCGAUCAGGAUCCAAAUGACAGUGACUUCAAGUGUUUGCUGUGCAGGUGAAAAAUGAUGCGUCACCCAAUAUGUAAAUAAAGUUUCGGUCUUUCUAGCACAGCGUAAUAGUGUAGAGCGUUUUUUUUUUUUUUUUAAAUUUGACUUCUUUGUUAUUCGGUGUGAUGUUUCAGACGGAGGAUCUUUUGUCGCCAUAGAAGCACUUUAUUUUCAUUUUUUUUUUCGCUCUUUCAAAUCCACAUCAGUGUUUCUUACUAGCGCGACUACAAAUUGACUUCAACGACACUUUCUGUGACACGUUUAAAUGCAACCACGUCAAUCUCGCAGUUAGUUAACUGUAUUGGGUGUAACGUUGUAGGUAUCAUGUGAGUUGUUAUCUUUUGAAUGUACUGAAAUCGUUUGUAUUUUCCUCCGCGGUCCUUAUUUCAACGUGUGCGCGUGGCGUGUUUUUUUUUUUUUUGUUUUUUUUGGUUUUUUUUAAAUCCAAUCGCCGACUUGCCUGGAUGUGUUUCUGCCUGGUCUGGGAGUCGUUUUCGAGCGUUCCCGUCUUUUUGCCAAUUGGCUGCGAGUACAUCAUAUGGACGACUAUUAUUUGUGUACUCUUUGUUGGGUUUAUUGGAGCCAAAGACAAAUGGCCGCUUUUUUUGUGUGUGUGACAUCGAACCAGCACCUUCCACCCCCCCCCCCACCCCCUCUCCUGUUUUUCCAAUGCGCUACUUCAAAAUUAACAAACCGUCUCUCACUGGGAUCUCAUGUGAAGUACUGAACAUUGGACGAAUACAUUUUCUAGAAGCGUGUCAGCUAUGGACAACGAGCCAUUCAUCAAAUAAAAUUCACUGUAAUUAUUUAAUUGUUUGGCCAAACGCUUCAGCAAACUUGAUUCGCGCGUUCGCUUUUAUCGCGGCGUGACUGUUUUGUGACGCGAGGCCGCCAUUCUUAACUUAUUUAACGACUGUAGUUUCCUGUAUGGUUAGCUCCAUCCACUUGCCAUGUGAAUUAUUUAAAAAAAAAAAAAAAAAUGUAAGUUGUGAUUGUACUGUCACCCAGUGGUGCUCUGUUGCUAUGUCAGUGUGUUACUCGAGGCACUUAAAGAUAUGAAAGAAAGAAACACGUGCGAGUGUUUUAUUUUCAAAACUGUACUUCAUGGUUAUUUAAUGUUUAACAGCAACAUUUUAAAGAACUUUCCAAGCUGUGAGACGGGAAAGAAGAUCGGGAUCGCGCUCUUAGAAUGCACUAACGUCUGUCUGAGGUUAAGCGCGAUCCUGGUGAGGCGUGAGGUUUGGCGUCGAUGCAACCUCAACUGACAAAACUCGUUUGUCUACACCUGCGACUCGCGCUUUUUCGAAACAAUAAAUUGCCGCCUCCCUUUUGACCCCGCUGCUUCAUUCCAGAAUGAUGCCGUCCUCGCAAAGACGGUUGGGACGCUUCAAUUUGUCGGGAAGAUUUCACAGAAGGGGAAAAGGUUCCGUCUCGGCUUGUUUGUGGUACAUUCCAGUCAUUUGGA